GCAAGUUCAGUGUGUUGCAGUUCAGUAGUUAUAAAACCCCCUUAUCUCCUAAGGGACUCUCUUUCUAUACUUCUUUGUUACAGAGGAUURGAAGUAAAACAGAUGUUAUCUUAGAAGUGCACUUAAAAAGGAAAUAAAAACAGUAUGUUGCAUUUUGGGGUAGGACAGACUCGCAGAAAGCUUCAAACCAGUUAGAAGACAUCAAUUUUUCUGUGUCUGGUAAGCUGCUGUAUCUUUUGAGGAUGCUGUCAGAAGGUUACCUUCAUAGAAUCACCUACCUUUGUGAAGACAUGAAUCCUGUGCUCUGCAAGAGUUUGCCUGAUGAAGGGGUGUAUGAAAUGAGGUCCAUUAAUUAUUCUUCCACAAAUGAAGCACAAGGAAAAAGCCUCCUUCAGAGAUGCAGAUCCGUUGGCAAGGGCAUUUCAUCGGUCUGCUCUAGAGGCAGCAAGCACAGCAGAAGGCAGAAGGACAAUCUCCCAGAGCCUGUCCAGCACCCUAUGCCCACAGGGCAGCCGCCUCCAGAGCUGACAAAAAAAGUCACCUACCUGGUUCCACCUUCCUGCAAGAGCAUUUGCAAGAACUACAACGAUUUGCAUAUAGCUGGAGACUACGUGGUGCCAAUUAGCUCAAUGACRACAGAUUUCGCUUGUGACAGCGGCAUUGGCCCCUUCUUGGAGUCCUCAGAGAUUCCUCCUGCCAUGGAGUCCGUGAAGGCUCCCCCCUCCAGUGACACCAUCCGCAGGCCAGUCCAGGGCCACUCCUCGUGCUGGAGGCUGGCGAGUUUGGGACCACACCAACAGCCCCUCUCCGACUCUGCCCUCAACGAUUACCUGGAGCAGAAGCUGGUGGARCUGUAUAAACAGUACAUCAUGGACAGCACAGCAAACAGGGCAUCCCCCACCCAGAUCCUGGCCUCGGAGCUGAUCAUGACCAAUGUGGAUCAAAUCAGCAUGCAGAUAUCACGGGAAAGGAAGAUGGAGACGGUCAAGGCCAAAGACAUUGUCAUUAGCCGCUUCUUACAAAUAGCCAGUGAGAAGAUUUCCUCAGAAAUGAGCACACCUACUCUGCAUAUUUCCCAGUAUAGUCACAUUAACCCUUAGUGUUAGAAUGCCAGAAAGUUUUUAUGUUCUUCAAAGUCUAUUUUUUAGUUUAAGAUACCUUCUCCUUCAUAGAAAUGCAUUUACCAUCCAACACUUAAAUAAAAAAUUUCAAUAUGAAUUAAAUAAGUAAAACUACCUGUGUUUCUGUGCUGUGUAGCUCCUAUUGUGGAUCAGUAAGUUUUUCUUUUUCUUUUARGUGUUUUUUGUGAACCUCAGACAUUAAAAAUUUUCAUAGAAAAAUAAAUAGGAGSAGSAGAAACUCUUCCUCCG